AACCUUGUACUGAGUCAGCAGUGAUGUAGGGCUGCUCUAACUAGUUCAAGAGGACAUCAGAGACCUUGAAAGACAUUCCAAGAUCGCACUUCAAGAAAGACAAAGGACUGGGUUGAUCAACUACAGCUAAACACACAGGGCAAGAAUAAGUGUAAGAACAAGACUAGGACAGCAGGACAAUAAUAGGUGAUUGAACAAGGGCAGAGCACAUUCAGCCAGCAGUAUAUAGGAUUGAGCAAUAACAGAACAAAGGCAGGGAAAGUUUCAGCAGGCAGAACAAAGACAAAGGUAGGACAACAAUCACUACUACCCAUCAGUGUUGUUUAGAGGCAGGCAGAAUAGAAUUUGGAAAUCACACGAGUUCUUCAGAAAACAUGUUAAAUAACACAACAAGUAACAUCAGCUCUGACAUUUGCUUCAACUAUGACAGAGAGAACUAUAGGGCAGUCACCAUCCUCACUUCUUCAGUGGCUGCGGUCUCAGCCCUGGCCUGCAUCCUAGUCACCUUAGGAAUAGUCCUCUCCAAGAAAUACUUGGUCUUCACCCAGCGUCUCAUCCUCUACCUCAGUAUAGCCGCCACCCUAAAUGGCACUGCCGGAGUUCUAAGACUCCACACGGUGUUUUAUGAGUCCGACAGAGACUGGCAGAGCAAGCUGUGCAUGGCCACCGGGUUCUUUGACCAGGUGAGCGGGUGGUGGCAGCUCCUCGCGGUCUCCUGCAUCACUCUCAGCGUGCUUGUCAAGGUGGUGUGGGGUGGGUCCCCGGAGACAGUAGAGCCCCUUUUCCCGACCAUUAUCUUUCUCUUCCCAAUCCUCAUCAACUGGAUCCCCUUCAUUCACUACACGUACGGGAGGGCCGGAGCUUGGUGCUGGAUCAGAGACAUCAACAGCGACUGCUCAGAGACAAAGUUCGGACAGUACCUGCGGUUCGCUCUGUGGUACAUACCGCUCUACACCAUCUUGAUCCUGCUGGUGUUGAGUUUCUUUGUCAUUCUCUGCAAGAUUCACUCGGAGAAGCGCAGGUGGCAGGGUCGCUACGACCCAGACGCAGUGGAAGAGAAGGAGCGGAUGAAGAAGGAGAUAUGGCCGCUGCUCUGGUACCCAGCCUUCUACAUCUUCCUAAAUGUAUUCCCCCUUGUCAAUCGGUUGCACGGAGUCUUUAACCCUACCCACCCCAUCCUUGUUCUCUGGAUACUCCAGGCCAUCUUUGGACCGCUCCAGGGAGGGUUUGUGUCCGUUGCAUACGCCCUCGACAGUGACACCAUCAGACGACUAAACUGCACGCAGGUUCUCUGCUACUGCUACAGAAAGACUCCGCAGGUUCGCGAGUACCACCAUGAGAUCUACGCGGGACCCUCAGAUAGCUUACUACAAGGAAAGUCCAGGAUGGAAUCAGAAGAGAUGUAACCGUCGGAAAGUCAAGAAUGGACUCAAAAGAGAUGUGUUUGUCGGUAAAGACCUGUUUGUAUGGUGAACAUACUCCAUAUUUUCAUUGCACUUUUUUUAUCACACAUUGUCAUUGAUCAGUUUCAUACAACUAUAUAAUGUACCGAUGGAACAAGUUAUAACUGUGUUGUAUGGUGAAUAGCACCAUU